AUGAGCACCACCCCGAAGUGGUACUGCCGCAACAAAUCCCAGCCGAUGCACACGUUCGCGGAAAUCGGCAAGUUGGGCCUAGAGCUGCGGCGUAUUACCAAACGGAUAGUGAUCGACGUUAACUCGGCUAUAUUCAGCGAGAAUGAUACGAUUUUGGAGGAGUGCGAACGGGUGGUGGAGCAGUACUGGAAUCUCAAGGACGAAACCAAGAAUGCCGACUUUCAGUCACUAUCAAAGAAGAUCAAGCGCAGCCCCUACAACCAGCUGCUGAUGAAGAAGUUCCAGUUGAUCAUGGAGCUCAAUGACAGGCGCUUUUGUCAGUUAACUUUUGUUCUUAAAAAGACACUAAGUUUCCUCCUUCGCAAGUCCAUGCAGUCGGAAAUGUGGUUGAACUGGGCUCUGCACAUCACUCAGCUGUACAACAAGUGCCGCAAGGUGGAGAAAAAACCGGAGAAAGUGGAGGUGGACCCUCAGCCAGGCGAGGAGGAGCUUGAAGAGGAGCCCAAGCUGGGCAGCAAGAGGAAGGAGGAAAUGCACGCCAACGUCUGCAGCAAUAUGUUUCCAGGUCUUCUAUUGACUCUAAAGCCAAUAGAUUUUGGAUAUGUGCUUCAGUUAGUGGCCCAGAAUCGAGUGGAACAAAAUGCUUUGGAUCUAGUAUUUGGGCUCUUCAACAUGGGAGAGCAGGAUGCCUGGCGGGAACAACAGCAUCUGGAGUCCACAUCCUCCAGUCUGGAGAUUCUUCGCACCUUGAACAUUUCCUUUGCCGCCGGCGAUUAUCAACCUUAUUGCGAUUCUGCCCAAGAUUACAAGUCCAUGCAGAUGGCAGAUUCGAACCUUCAGGAACAGGAUCAUCAAAGUCAAAGCUUGCGGUGCAAACAUACGGAAAGUUUUCUCCAGAAAGAGCGCGUUUUCAUAGCCCAGUUAAUAGCGAAGGCCACAGAGAUAAGUCCAACUAUUUUUGAUAAUGGCAAGAAAGGACCUGUGGACAUGAAUAUUUAUAUUGUAAAGGGGUUGCGCUUACUCUGGUCCUAUGUGGGCAUUAUUUUGGACCACAUCCUGCUUUGGUGGAUAGACACUCCGGUGUCCUGUUAUCGUCUUACCCAUAUUGAUUCUAUUCGCAGUUGGCUCUAUCAUCAAAGUGUUAAUGACAUACCGGAGCCUGUUUUCUCAACACUACGUGGUAUCGGCGAGAUCCUGACUGGUUUUGUGUGCAACAACAUAUGGGAUCAGCUAUUCCGUCUUACCCUCAUCUCGUCCAACAACACUACGCGUCUGGUAGAUGCAGUUGUGGAGCAGUAUCGCGAUUGCCCCAAAAACGAAUUUGGUACCCCAACUGGCACUGUCUGGAUCAGCGUGUUCGCCAAUCUCGUCAACUUGAGCAACCAAUACUUUUCCAAUCUGGAGGCUCACAACAAUUCCAGCUUGCUGCCCGUGGCUGAGCAAAUACCCAUUCUCCAUAGAUUGGAUCACUCGGUGCAUUCAAUGCGUCUCUGGGUCACCGAACAGGCUAAGCUUUUGUGCUGCGAAUGGAAAAUGGACCGAUUCUUCCAGAUACUGGAGCACGAUGUGAAACUCUGUCUCAAUGUCUUCAUAACCUUUCAACUGCCGAAACUCACUGCCGAUCUGAGCGAUAUCCUGAUGUUGGUUUGUGUUGCCCUGCGAACCAAGUUAAUCACCGAGGUCAAUGCCAAUAUAGACAAGCUAAAGAAAACCACCGAUGAGUGUGUUCAAAUUCUAUCCGCGGUCUGCCGAGUCCUUAGCCUGGCCAAUUUUACUCUCUGCUUUCCCGCCGCCACCUUCUGGCAACGCGAGGUCUACAACAACGAUGAGAAGAGCCUGUACGUAGGCUAUGUGCUGGACGAGAUCUACCUUCCGACCAUACGUGCCACCAAGGACAUUGUCAUCCUCAAACUGAUCCUGAAACUAAUUUGCGAGGCCUGGCUGGACUUUAUUUAUCAGAAACGGAUACGCUUCAGCGUGAAUGGAGCUGUACGGUUGCUCAACGACUUUGACGAUGUUCGGGAGUGGAUUCUGGCCUGCACUUUGCUGGAUGAAGAGCAGCUGGAGAAGCUGAGCAAUCACGAGGUACUGCGAAUGUGUAAGGGAGUGGGAAAAAUACUCCUCCGUAAGCCGGAGGAUGUGAUAUCCAUUACCCAGUCGCCCAAGUUCGACAAGAAGGCGCAAGACGCCUCUGCCCAGGACACCCAAUUACCCUCGGAGAUGUUUGUGUCCAAUCAGAAGCACUGGCUACAACUACGGGCCAGUGGAGGCACUGGGUUUCCCUUCCUGAAACUUUGCUGCGGCGAUGCUGCCAUGUAGUUGGACCUUUUAAAAGGGUACAAGAGUUUAUUGAGUCGCUAAAAUGCUUUACAAAAGUGUGGGUCUAAAAUAAAUAUAUAUUAGAAAAGAGGAGAAACUAUGGUUAUGUUCUUUUUGAGUGGAAGUCUCCCUUAGGCGGGCACCUUGCGACUGAUGACUUUUAUCAGCUCGUCGACGCGCU